CCCAGCAGAACCUAUUCAGCUUCACCAUGGGUUGCCUAGAAACAGUUAAUAUAAAAACAAACAAUCAACAUAAACAAGAAAUGUAACUGUAAUCAAUGAUCAGGGAGAUUAGUUUUUGGUUUUUUUCAGGACAGGUUUGAAAUAGAGCAGUUAGGAAGGAGGCAAUAAGAGAGGAGGUGGAAAGCAGAAGGCAGAAGGCUCAGUCUGAAGAAGAAAUGGCCCAAACAAAAGGAGAGAUGCUGACACAGCUCCUUAAGACCCACAUUAUGAAGAGCAAAUUUAACCUGCACAAGUUGAACCAGCAGUGGCGUUCGAACCUGCGCCAGACUCGAGCAUCAGAGCUGCGUGAAGAUUUCGCAAUACUCAGCCAAACUUUAAAAAGAGUUGUGGACUUCAAGGACAAUGUUAUUAAGUUAUUGGUGUGUGAUCUGAGCGAAGCGGAGCAGCAGUCAGAACUGGCUCACAGGGCUCAUCUCCAGUGUGUGGAUCAUCUGCUGGAGGUACAGAAAAGCCGACUGGCAGCACUAGAGUCACACUGGAGCACCAGUCUUAAGGAACUCAGUACUGAGUACAACACAGAGAGGAAACAACUUUUGAAUCUGCAUCAGAAGGAGAGUGACUACCUCAAGGCAGAAAACUUUGCCUUGGAGCAGCGCUAUGCUGAAUUAGACAGUGAGGCCAGACAGGACUAUCAGCUUGCACAUGAUGACAUCAAAAACCGGUAUAUUGGCACGAAGCAUGUAAUGGAAAGCACAUUGGAGGAGUUGCGGCAGUGGUACCUACGAGAACUGCAGAAGUACACAAACGCCACUGAUGAUCGAAAGAAAACAGCUCUAAAUUUGCAAUGCGCCAUCCAGAAAAGAAACUUGAAGAGGAGGCACAUGCAGAAAUUGCAGGGCACCAUUAAAGCUCUGCGUUCUCAUCUGAGCACCAAUCAGAGGGACAAUGAGGCAUCUGCGUGUGGCCUUCGGGCAGAAUGUGAGGAAAUUACACAGGAAGUCCAACAGCUCAGAGCUAAGCUCUGCUCUGCACAGGCAGCUGAAAGAACACAGCUAGCUAAUCACACUAUAUACAGCGAUAACACAAUUAAGAAACUACAGGAUAUUAUAGGAGAGGGAGAGACGUUGUUACGUCUGGCUGAUGUGUGUCGCAAGCUUGAAACUGAGCAGGAGAAGGUGCUUCCCUUUUACACAUCAUCUUUAACUGCUGAGGAACUGAGUCAGGAGAAAGCACAUGCUAUGGAGGCAAUGUCUGAAGAGCCAGUACAGACAAUGAUGGACUAUACAGAUCUAGAAAAGUUCUGGCAGCGUUACAACAAGGUUCUACUGGAACGUUUGUGUUUAGAACGGGAGAAGAAGGUCCUCGGAUGGGAGAACCAGCAGCUGAGGAUUCUUCUCAAGCAGUACCUGGAUGGAAUCUCUGUUAACGACGAGAUCCUACAGCAGAGGAACUCACUGCUCAUGUUGUCCUGCCCAUCACUCCAAGCCUCUCCUGCUUCAGAAAGCCAAACACACACAAGCAGGACAGUCAUAGAGGCGUCUCAUGUGGUGCAGCAUACACUGUAGAGACGAUAUCAAAAUAAAAGCAAAUAUAAAACCAAUAUUAUUCCAAAGAGUCACUUGAGAUGUUCUGCUUUUAACUUUAUACAGUAAUCAUGCACUCUGGUGUUCUACAGUACCGAGAUGCAGCUAUAACUGCUCUAACUAACUCUUCUGUGCAUGUCUGUGGGGAAGCUUCUGACAUUAACACUAAGACAUCGACAGUUUGCCUCCUGACUCCCAACUAGCACAGAACAUGUAAAGUAAAGCCAUUUGCCAUUUUCUCUUUUGUAGUGAUUAUAAUUUUUGUAGGGUUUUGAUUGUGGUUUAACAUAACGUUUGUUACUUAGCUAACUGCUAU